AUGGUCGACAUUUCACCGAUCCCUCCUCUGGUCUUCAUGCCUCCACAGUCAUCCCGGACCUCAGAGCCUCCCCCCACCUCAACUUCGAUUGCCUCGCCUUCACAGAAACCUCUGUACUCGAAGCCGGAGAAGAAAGUUGACGAAUCUGCUUCGAAAAGUGCCAAAUUCCCUCUGCCAAAGCUUCGCCUCGAGAUUCGCGACCUAAACCAUGAAGGAUCCCUGACGUUCUUGAAGGCUGUCAUCGCCAGCGAAGCGCUCGAGGAAUCCGUCCAGAGUGUUCUCUCCCUCCUAUACCAUUCGCCAGACUCGCAGACAACGACUGUGCCAACGACGCGGUCCGUAACGCUGAUCCUAAGGUCUAUGCCUGGCGUUGCAUACACGACUGGGAGCGACCUUGACGACGACCACAAGGAAAUCCAUUUUUCCUUGGACUACAUACAUGGGAUAUCAAAGUCGCGGAAGAAAGAUGAGAUCAUGGGAGUUCUAACACACGAGAUGGUCCAUUGCUACCAAUAUAACGCUUUUGGCACAUGUCCAGGUGGUCUUAUUGAAGGAAUCGCUGACUGGGUACGGCUGAAUUCUGGCCUUAGCCCUCCUCAUUGGCGACAAGAGGCAGGUGGGAAAUGGGACGCUGGAUAUCAACACACUGGCUAUUUCUUGGAGUAUCUCGAGCACAGAUUUGGUAAGGGGACCAUACGGAGACUAAACGAGAAGCUGCGGAUUGAGAACUACCAUGAGAAACGAUUCUGGACCGAACUAGUCGGGCGUCCAGUCGAGCAGCUAUGGGGUGAUUAUUCUGAUGUUUUGGAGAAGGAGAAGAGAAAGGCGGAAGACGAUGAGUGUGUGUUAGUUGAGAAGGAGGAUGCAAGCACUCCAAAAGCAGCCGACGGUUCUUUGACCCCGACUUCGACCUAA